UUCUCAAGUACUUCGCAGAAUCGAAUCUUGUUCAAUCAAUUAAAGGUUUGAUGUCGACAAUUAGCGGAGGCAAAGUUUUUGAGCCUUUAUUAUUUGACCAAUGGGAUCCAUUAAAGAGCUUCAACACCUUCUCCGACAACGCCAUCUAUGCUCCCGGCUCCAAUUUUGUGACCGAGGUUUUAACUUUUGCCAACCCCUGCUUCGACUGGAAGGAGACAUUGGAGGCUCACAUCGUUGAGGCCGAUCUCCCUGACGUCAAAAAGGAGGAUGUUAAGGUCGAGGUCGUGGAAGGCGGCGCCCUCCAGAUCAGCGGCGAGUGGAAGAGGGAGCAGGAGGAGAAGACCCAUCGCUGGCUUCUACAUGAGCGAGGCAACGGUAAGUUCCUCCGCCGAUUCCCACUGCCGGAGAACGUGAAGGUGGAUCAGGCGAAAGCAUCCAUGAAGAAUGGGGUGCUUAGUGUCAUCGUACCCAAAGAGGAGGUGAAGAAGCCUUACGUGAAGUCUAUUGAGAUUUCUUGAGAGGAUAAAAUAGAAGAAUAUGAUUUGCAUCUCAAAUCGCCCGUGUUCUUAAGUUGCUUGUUUUGUUGUUG